AUGUUCAAAUUAGCUCCAGGAGGUCCGCAAAGAAGAGAUGGGACCCUCCUAGUGAAGAAGAAAGCUUUUCUUUUUAAAAUUGACUUUGAGAAAGCUUAUGACAACAUCAAUUGGCGAUUUGUGGUUGACAUCUUUCGCCAGAUGGGUUUCGGGGAUAGAUGGUGUUCUUGGCUUUGGGGAGUUCUUUCUUCGGCCCGCGCGGCUGUCUUAGUUAAUGGUUCGCCAACCUUAGAAUUCAAGUGUGGUAAAGGUAUGAGGCAAGGGGACCCUAUCUCUCCUUUCCUCUUUGUUGCGGUCAUGGAAGCGUUAUCGAGAUUGAUUGAGAAGGCUAAGGAGGUGGGAGCUUUUUCAGGGUGUUCAGUUGCCUAA